GCCACCCGCCCUCUCGCCGGCGAUGCAGGUGUGUGGCUCGCUCCAUCUCCAUCCCCUGCGCCUGCACUCGCUUCGCGCGCCGGCAGGACUAUGCUCAGAGCCUCCAUGCCAGGGCGUUCUGGACCAGCCGAUGCGAGGCAGCCCCUAGUUAACGCGGACGGAGGGGACUCCGCGGUCAUCGGAGGUGUGAUAGCGGUUGUGAUAUUUAUUUUGCUCUGCAUCACUGCCAUUGCUAUACGCAUUUAUCAACAGAGAUGGCUAUACCAAAAAAAUGAAACAAAUAUUCCAAAAACUGGAGACAAUGCUGAAACUGCUCUGAAAAGUGAGCUCAACAUGCAAAGUACAGUCAAUGAAAGCCAGAAAGAGUAUUUCUUCUGAUCUGCGGUUGUGAUUUACUGGUCACUAACUAUGACGAUGUGACUUUCUUGCUAAGCCAGGGGCUCCCAGUGGAUGAAACCCACCUGUUGUCCUUCUGGGACAGGCGGUGGGGGUCCUGCGCCAUCAGCUUGCUCACAAACAGUCCCUGGAGGCUCUGCUCAGGCUCCUUCCUGAUCCAUCGAUGUAACAGUGAUUCGGCGUGCUCAUUCAUCACUGAUUGGCAGUUUCUGACUGUUCUGACUUGAUCUUCUAACUCUCUUAAAAAUACAACAUGGAGGUUUAUCAGCAUUGGACUAUGAUGUUUUAUGUUACAUGGAAACCUACAGGAAGCUUCCUUUAUCAAUCACUUGCUGACAUUUGUAAACUAGGAAGUGCUUCUCAGAUGGCCUUCAGCUGCAUUUCCAUAUUCCUGUGAACCAGAGCCCAUUGGCCAAACAUUGGAGAAAGCAUGUUUUUGGCUGAUUGUUUUUCCUUUUGUGUCUUUUAAAUCAGUUUUGAUACACUUUAAUAAUGAAAUGAGUGUUGAACGUCAGCUAAGAAAUUCUACUAUUAAGUUCAGAUGUGGAACAGAGAAUUCAUGGGUAGAAAAAUGUGUAAAGGAUUUUAGUCUGUGAUAAUUUGCUUAUUUUUCUUUGUGAUUUGUCAUUAUAUUCUUUGUAAAUAGUAAUAAGGAUCACAUAGUAAUCUCACAGAAAUGUUUAUUUUCUAACUAAAUUUGUGCCCAUGUAUAAAUUCCAUAUUUAACACUGGAAAUGUAUCCAUCCACAUCUGAAUGAAAUAUAAUCCUAAAUUUGUUUCCUUUAUACAUGGGAUGGUUAGGUCACUUUUCUUUGCAGUCCUGUGAUUUUUUUUUUUUUUUCUGGAGGUUGUAACAACUCUUUGCUUUCCUGUGACUGUAUGUUCAUGUGUUAGGGAAUAAGUCACAUUUUAAACUAAAUCUCUCCAUUUCCCUUUCUAAAUUGUGAGCUUAUCUAGGCAAAACAUUCCUUGAGUUACCUUCUCACCUAGCUACUAUUUGGAAUAUUAGUGGAAGAAUGCUUAUGCUAAGGGAAAAUGCAAGCUAUAUGAUCUGAACUAAAUCUGUCAUUUCAGGCAAAUUCUAGGAUCUUGAGAUCUAUUUCCAAUAGAGCACCCCAAAUCGGCUAGUUCAUUUUAAGUAGGGUAUAUUUGAAUAUUAGGAGAGCAGAAAAUCAUAUUAACUGUGAGAACUUACCCAACCCCCACUUUUGUAGCAGUGGUCAUUAGACACUCACAUGACGCCACCGUUCACACUGAAAAGCCGGUCAUAAUAAAAACGCACUGCCCUCGCCACCUCCCACUGCGUGUGCCUGCCAGGUACUGACUUUGACCACAAAAAGAACACUUGGAAUUAGGUGUAUUUUGCUGUGCUAUUACCUUUUGUGUGUAUACCUACUUUUCUGUGUUCUUUUUAAUGAAUGGGAAAAGAUAUCCUCUAUAUUGUUUUUUCUCAAACAUUUUUUCUUAUAUUUUCUUAUAUUAAUUUUCUAUAAGGUAUAAAAAGCUACCACAAAUUUAACACAAUACACAUUUAUUUUCUCACAGUUUCUGUGUCAGG